AUGAACGUUUUCAAUAAUGUCUGUUCAACAUAUGUUUACCUUAAUGAAAAACUGGAUAAUCUGUUUACAGAUAGACAUUAGUCAGUGCCUAAUUCCUAGAGAUUACAGAGCGAAUGCCAUUACAUUACGGCAAAGUAGCGAGUUUAUGCACGUAGAGGUUUUUCUGAUACUCGUAUUUCGCCCUAGUACAGAUAUUAUGAUGUGAGAUGCGGACUUGAUUGUUUGUUUAAUGGAAUAAGGAAUUCAACAUUAUAAAUAUUUAUUGGAUACUGUGAAACUUGUAAAGAAACAAAAUCUUCAAGAAGGCACCCCUGUGACAUGAGUAAAAAAACUAUUAACAAAAUCAAGCAGCUUGUGUAGAAUAUGUCUUUUUCUAACUUGAACUGUUCUUGGAAUAACUGAACGCCUCAUUUUGUUAUAACGUUUAGCUCAAACAUCUUGUUAUAACGUUCGAUCUAACAUUCUGAGAUGUAUUAUAAAUAGUGCCUUGUGCAAGAAAACAAUGUUUAGUUUAUAGUACAUUGUUCAUUGUGGCUGUAUUUCACUCGGUGGAACUGGUGGAGUAAUAUAGCUGCCAUGUCGGGGCACAGGACAGUUGUCAUAGCAAUAGACGACAGUUUUCAUUCAGAAUUCGCGUUUGACUUUUACGUGGAAAAUGUACAUAGAGAAGGAGAUCGAAUAGUUCUGGUUCAUGUUCCUGAAUACAGCAACGUAUUGUCAACCUCGUCACUGUUGACGGAUCCAAACAUUGUGUCUGAUCUUCUGAAAGAUAAUGAGGAAAGAGUUAGCGACCUUGUAGAGAAGUAUUCCAUGAAAAUGAAGGAAUGUAACCUAAGUGGUCACGUCAAGCAACAGUGCGGGAAACCAGGCGAAGCUAUUGUAGAAGCUGCAAAGGAAGAAGGCGCAUCAAUGUUGAUACUGGGAACCAGGGGAAUGGGUUUGAUAAGAAGGACAUUUACCGGAAGUGUCAGUGAUUAUUGCUUACAUCAUUCGGAUAUUCCAGUUCUUAUCUGUAGGCACAGACCGCAUAUUAAACAUACAAGUGAACACCAUUCUUAACAGCUUUCAUUAAUUUUAUAACGAUCAAAGUGUGACGUUGCGUCUGGGUUUUCAUAAUGUCAUUUAAUGAUGUUUGUUUUGUUGUUAAACUGAGAUAGUAAAACACAAAUUGAUGCCGAUUCAGACGGCAAAUUAUAAAGGUAUAUUAGGAGUAUGAGACGAGAUAUAUUUUACAAGUUAUAAUUAAACACGGGAUUGAAAAUCCAGGGACGUUAGUGUUAUGCGAGAAAAUAAUUACCAUUUUUCCACCGUUCUUAAGGAAUAUUUGUUUGAACAUGAUUGAUGGUAUAAAAAACAUAUUCACUUCUGUUUUUUGUUUAUAUACUUAUUCUGUGGCAUUGAAGACUGAUUGCGCAACGGUAAAACAAAAAUCGAUACAUUUUUGGUACCAAUACAAGUAGUAUAAACCGAAGCAUGAUCAGUGCAAGUUAGAAUUUAAUAUCUAUUUACAGAACAUCUUAACCAUAUUAUUUAUUAUAAUUGUGCGUAAUCUUAAUAACUUAAACCAGUUAAACGGAAGUUUCCGAAUCCCCGAGUUACAGUUGGCAAUCUGGACAAAAUUACCUGAUAUGCAUGUGUUUUCCAAGAACAAUAAAAGUAAAAAGAACUUAUUCAGAAGCGUGGUUGAAGCGUUUAUGCUCGGAUUAUUCCAUUAAAAGCUGGAGCAUCUGUCACAUUUGGAACGUUUAAUAAAAUAGUUACAGAAGGAAUUAUAAUACCUUAACAUUUUCCUACUGGAUAUUUAACAAUUAACGAAGGAAAGAUAGUAGACAUAUAAAGGACACUACUUUUUGUUCUGUUCCGUUUGUAUUAAUUUGCAUUUGUGUACUCCAUUUGAAAAAUGAUAAUUAUGUUCAUUGUAUUAUCCCGUAAUGACAUUUUGUAUGUUUUACAACUUCUUAAACAACGUCAUUGAAUAUAUCCUUUUUAUAAAACUAGCCGUUUAAUCAAGUAAUAUUAUUCCAGUUUCAUUUGUUUGCUUCAGUUGAACGUUGUCUUCAACACAAAAUAAAUAACCUUUAAACAUCAAAAUGAGCUUGAUGAUACUGUGAAACCCAAAUGAAUGUCUGUUAAAGCUAUCAUUUUCACGCAAUCUCAAUAAUCAGACAAAUCUGACAUCCUCAUUACCUCUUGCCUAGCGAGAACAGAUGAUAACAUAAUUUCCCUCGAUAUACGUAAUAAAGGCGCGAAAAUGAAACAAGAAACAUUUAAGUCCUUAGAUAUAGUAAGGUCGCAUUGUGUUUGGAUUACUGAUCACGUAACUAUUAAAUAAUUUGUUAGUACAUAAAAUGUAGCAGUAUGCAAUAUAAUUCUAUUUUCGAAUUAAUGUUCCAUAUAGUUAUUCUACCUGAAGCCAAGUGAUAAAGACAAAACAAAACACAGAAUAGAAAAACCUCAUUACAGUUUCAUUACCACUAGAUCAGAAAAAACGUUUAAAUUACAUUUGCAGACACUUCCAUUCUAAAAAAAGUAUACUGACAUUCCCUGACUGCCACUAAGACGUAGUCAAUGUUCGGACAUAAUUCGUAGUAAUGAACAUAUCUUCUAAGGAUUCUAUAAAACUCUUUAAAAGAAUGUAA